AGUACCGCGCCAAGAACCGAAGUCAACACACGAGCAGUCAAACAGUAACUAACUAGUCCAUACCCCACCGUGAUUCAAACUAAACCUGAACUAAACUAAACGCAAACUAAAAAAAAAAACUCUUAUCUCUGCAAGACACUUUUUACUGCAACUUUAUAAAAAAAAAAAUAGAAAAUAUUGUCUAUAGCCAGUUGACUAUAGAGCCUCAAUUUAUCGAGUGAGCUGUCAAAAAAUAGAACAAGCGCGUAUAAAGCGUUCUACUAUGCAUGUCUUUUGGCGCGUCGAGAUGUGGUGCAGGCGGCAAGCAGCGGCGGCCAUUUUGCCUCUAUUACUCGCUGGUUGGCUGACAGGCGAAUCCUCCGAAGCCUUGACAACGUUUGGGAAGAGUAACACAGAUGCCCCGAAAAAUGUUCAACCUACCGCCCCUCCAGCUCGCGCCUGCAACCGACAAGCGGAGUGCCUCGGCGUGAACAGCGCGUCGUGCGUGCGCACGCACUACGACCCCGUCACCAGGUGCCUGUGCGGCGACAACUCGCCGCCGCUGAACGGGCGCUGCGAACCCGUCACCAAGUCCCUCUACCACGCGUGCGCCAACAGCGACGAGUGCAACGACGGACUCGUCUGUCUCACGCCCAACAUCACCGGCAAUACGCCCGCGCAUCUCAGAGUCCACUCGCCUCAGGACAAGAUAUGCCUUUGUGACACCGAGAACGGGUAUCGAGAGAAGGAGCACGCUUGCAAUGAUGCUGAAAUCAUCAAAAUCUCGCUUCUCGCCGUGGCCUUGGUGACCUGGUUAAGGAAAAUUCUCGUCCACUAAGAACACACACAAAAACUAAAGCACUUUUCAGUUUUUUAAUAGUAACUAAAUGUUUUAGUCGGAAAUAUCUAUGCACUUAAUUAAUUAGGUGUCUACUUCAAAAAUUGAAGAAUAACUAAAAUAUUUGGUCAAAGGAAUAAAGAUAGUUAAACUAAAAUGAACAAAAAAACUAAAAAUCACACGUAUUUUAAGUUAAUUUUCUUUUUAGUUAAACCCUUUUAAGUACAAAGAUAUUUCCAAAUGGAUAUGAAAAAAAAAAGUAUUUUUAAGUACUAUUCCUAAUAUUAUAUUUAAUGUAAUAGUUUAUUACCUAUAGAGUUUAUAGAUAUAUUCUAAUAAAUGUUAGUCACUUUUAAACAAAUUAGUAAUUAGUGUUUUUGCUAACUAAUAAUAAUGUCACUAAAAUUUAGAAUUUAUUGAAUAACUUAUUUGAAUUAUCACUCAUAACUUAUAAUAACACUAUAUUACAUUUACACAAACCAAGUCAGUGAACGACAACGCAUAAAAACCGCGUUUCAGACAUUUAUUGGCAUUCGAAAAUAGAAGCUACAAAUUCAUAUCUGAUAAAUUCGUUACUUGAACCACUUGAACCAAUUAAAUUAGUAAAGUGUUUAGUACCAUUUAUUAUUCAGUAUUUUAGUACCAAGUAAAUCGCAACAUAGGCUCAUGAUUGCUUCAUUAUGUGUCAACACUGCGAACUGUGAUUGGCUACUCAAAGUGACAGUUAUCACGAGCCAAUCGAAAUAAAGACGCGUGCAGUAGAGUAGAGUAUUCACCAACAAGCAUGGUAGCGAUUUCGUAAUGUGACAGAACACACGUAAUAUUUCUAUGCCUUUGUCGUUCACUGAAUGUCUGUCAAAGCCGAGUUUCUAAAAAUCCUAUUUAAAAAUUACUCAAUUAAUUCGAAUCACUAAUAAUUCGUCUAAAACUGCAACAAUCCGCUUUGUAUCUACUUUUGUUUUGUCUGUCUGUCUUUGAAUUUGUUUUGUUGCCUACUGAUACGCUAUUACAUGCCAUGUGUACUGGUAUCUCGUAUGAAUAAAGAAAGAAAUCCAAAAUGGCGGCAUUAAUCAUUAUUCUCACUUACACGUAUAGCAUAUGAGUGAGAAGGAUGAUGUAUCGUCACCAUUUACAGUUGAAUUCUCCAUUGGUAUGAGCUUUAUAGGUACCUACGUAUAGUAAUGUUAUGAUGUUCGUUUUUUCGUUAAAAUUAAGACUGUCUCUAAAAUUCGCCUCUUGUUCACCUCAAAGACUUUUAGUAGCCGAUAUUUUAUAAUUCAAUAUUUGUAUUACAUUUCAAGCACUAGAAUUUUAUCCACUAAAACAAAUGUGUACAUAUUUCAUAUUUUAUCAAUUCUCAAAUAAAUUUAAAUAUUAGAAUAGGUCCCUAUUUAAGGGUGUAGUUAACCCUGUAGUAAAAAUUAUUCUCAAAGGGCUUUUAUGUUAGUUUAUUUUUUAUCCCCUUCAGAAACUUAUCCCCUCAAAUAAUAAUUGAUAGAAUCAACAGCAGGGUUAGCUACGCACUAGUUAGAUUGCAUUUUAUAUACGUACUUAACUAAAAAGGAUGUAAAAUGUAAAUAGUUUUAAAUGCACACUAUAUUAAUAAAAAAUGUGAAGUUUUUUAGAUUUAAAAUAACAGUUUGGCAUUGAAGAUAGUAUAGAAGCUAAGUUUAGAAAAGCGGUCGAUUUUCCUAAAUGUUUACUUACUAAUCGCACGAUAAGUAUUUUAUUUAUUUAUUAAAUAUUUUUCUUACUUAUUCCUUACUUAUUAUUAUUUAUUAUAAAAUUAUUCUUUUGUUUGAAAUAACUAAACAAUAAGUUCAUUAUUUAAUUUUUUAAAUAUAGGUACGUUUCCAUAAUUACUUUAAAUUGGCAUAACUAUAGCUGGUACUAAACAAAUUGAUAUCAUAAAACCGAUCGAUGUAAUUAGGAAAGAUGUUAUUAGAUGUGUGCCUUAGAUUAUAUUAUAGACGUGUUUUAUUUGGUGUUUUAAUAAAUAGUUAUUAUAUCACUGCA